AUGCUCUCCAUUGUUCCCACUCUGUCCUUCUCAAACUGCCCUCCCAAGUUGCACAAAUUCACCAAACUGCCACCUUUCUGUACCUCUUUGAAGCUCUCCACCGACCCAUUAGAGCUCAGAAGUUUAUCAGCAUCUUCAUCGUUGUCGUCAUCAAUGGAGUCUCCCCCUGAAGGUUACAGAAGAAACGUGGGUAUUUGUCUCAUCAACCCAUCUAAGAAGGUAUGGUGUUUCUCCUCUUUAGUUUCCCAUCGAGAACUAGAGGCCGCAUUGGAAUCGUCGUUUGCCAAUCCUGAAAUUGCAAAUUGUGUAGAUAUUUGCCGCUUCAAGACUGGACAUACCGGAUUCAUGGCAGAUGCCACAGCAAUCAUUGGUUUUCCCAAUCAUAAUAGAAGAACCUGCAUCUCAUUGAAGGUGAGACUGAGCUCUCAUUGCUCCAUGGAUUGGAUCGGAUUCUGUCGUGCUGUUCUUAACAACUACUUGUGGCAGGGUGGCAUUGACGAGAGCGAAGACCCAAAAGCUGCUGCUCUCCGGGAACUAAAAGAAGAGACUGGAGUCAGCUCUGCAGAGAUCCUUGCAGAGGCACCCUUUUGGUUGACAUACGACUUCCCGCCACAAGUCAGGGAAAAGCUUAAACAACAAUGGGGAACUGACUGCAAAGGUCAAGCACAAAAGUGGUUUCUGCUCAAGUUCACUGGGAAGGAAGAGGAGGAGAUCAAUCUGUUGGGCGAUGGCAGUGAGAAACCCGAGUUUGGGGAAUGGUCGUGGAUGUCAGCCGACAAAGUAAUCGAUCGUGCGGUAGAUUUCAAGAAGCCAGUCUACAAGGAAGUGUUCUCAGCCUUCCACCCUCACCUUCAGUAA